AUGAACGGCUACGGGCCCCCGUACCUGUACAUGGGGGCCCCGGUGUCCCAGCAGCGCGCGCCCCUUCAGCGCACGCCCAAGUGCGCGCGCUGCCGGAACCACGGGGUGCUCUCGUGGCUGAAGGGCCACAAACGCUACUGCCGCUUCAAGGACUGCGCGUGCGACAAGUGCGUGCUCAUCAUCGAGAGGCAGCGCGUGAUGGCUGCGCAGGUGGCGCUGCGCAGACAGCAGGCGCACGAGAGCCUGGAGAGCCUCAUCCCGGAGGAGCUCCGGGGGGGGGGGCACCCCGGGGCACCCUCCGGGGCCGGGAUAGGAGCACCGGGGCCCGGGGAGCAGGCCCGGACAGGCCCCGGGGAGCUGGAGCUCCGAUGGAGCGGGGCGCAGGAUGCGCGCGCAGCAGGUGGGAGCAAAAGAGGGAUUAAGAUACUACCCACGCGCUACCCGCUCGUGCUGCGCAGCUCUUUAGCGCAUGCGCAGCCCGGCCCGUUCUCUCCCGGGGACGUGGCCCUCUGGAGCUCCGUGGCCCUGCAGCAGCGGCAGUUCCAGCUGCGGUCGGCCGCCCAGUACGCGUCUCCCUUCGGCCCCGCGACCCCCCCAGGGCCCGGUGCCCCGGUCCUCACCUCCAGGAACCCCCCGGAGGAGCCCCCGGAGGAGGGCUGCCCACUGGGGCCCAAACCGGGCCUCUACUCCCCGGAGGAGGACUACGACGAGCGAUCCGACUCCGCGGACUCCCGGAUCCUGAACGCAUCAUGA